CACUGCAGGUCCAGAAAUCUCCUCCCAGUCUGAGGAGGAAGAAAAGCAUAGCUUGGAUCUACCAUUUGCCACCUGCCACCAUGACGUCAUCUUGGGGCUGAACUCUCCACCUGUAGCUGGGACCUUAAAUGAGCUGACGACAGAAGAGAAAAGCAGUUUCUCUUACGUUUAGCAGCAAGCGGCAGCAGCAACGAGAAGCGGCAAUGAGACGCUGUGUAUUCCUUGCUGUGUUGCUCGCCCUGGUGUUGAACCUUUCGAAAGGCUCAAGCUCUGACCCAAGUUCUGCCUCACCUUCGACAACAACCACAGAGAAUACAGAAUCAACAUCUGAAACAAAUUCUGACCUGCCUUCCCCAACAACCACAGAGACACCAGAAUCAACAUCUGAAACAGAUUCUGCCACAACAUUAACAGCAAUCACAGACACUACAGGAGAGAAUAACAUAACUGCUACUACACCUACAACGACAACUGCAGGCACUACAGGAGAUUUCUGCAAACCAAACCCUUGUGGAACAAAUUUGGCUACCUGUGUUCAUUUAAACACCACUUUUACCUGCCUGUGCCAAUAUGGAUUCUACUACAGGGACAAUGAUUGUCACAGAGGGAAAAUAUUCCCAGGAGUCAUCACACUGCAAGGAACUUACAAUGAUAGUGUUCUAACUGCAAAUUUUAUGCAGUAUGAAGAAGUUUUAAAUACUACAACAGAGUUUUUCAAGUAUGCCUUCGAGAAUUUAACAGGCUAUGAACAGACGGUCAUUGUGAAAAUUCAACUUCUAACAGAAGUCAGAGAUUCUACUAAAAUAAGUGUAACAGUGAUAAACCUGUUUAUGAAGAACACAACUGCAGACAAUGAGACAGUUACUUCUGCAGCAAUGAAUGCAACAUAUAAUUAUCACUUUGUCCUUCAAUACACAGGAACAUCUUAUUGUGCAGUUUAUACCUGUGAUCCUGAAACCACAAUGUGUGAAGAGUAUGAGUUUCCACAAUGCACAUGCCAAAAUGGAUUCUCGAAAACAGAAUGGGAUGUUCUUUCUUGUUCAAAUUGCAGUGAAGACUGUUUUCAAAGAGAAAACAUGUACUGUGCAAAAGAAGAUAGAGCUCCAAUAUGCACAUGCAUUCCUAACUUCGAAACGAAGGGUGAUAAAUGUGUACCUUGUCCAGUGGGCUACUCUGGAGAGCAAUGCGAGAACAAUAGUGAACUCAUCCUUAUAAUAGUGGGUACAGUGCUUGGAGCGGUUGUCCUGCUUUUAGCCAUAGCAGUCACUGUGGUUUCAAUAAGAGCUAAACACAGGCAAGAUCCAGAGAAGAAGACACUGCUAAGGUCAGGUUAUUCCAACCCAAAUACCUCUGAAGACAGACAGCCCACAAUGUUCCCCAGAGUCCGCACCACUACUGGCCAUACAAACCCGGGAUACCAAUCAAACAACCCAUAUGAGAUGCGAGAUUUUGAUGAUUUGUAUGGAGCAUCACGGGAGCCUGAGGGCUUUCGGAUACACAGCAGAAACUAGGUGACCAGAGUGGCAGAAGGAUGGACAACCACCAUGACAAUGGGUCAGACCAAGGAGUUUCACAGCAUCUCACUAAUGUAGUUACUUCAGCAGAAGAAACAACAAAGUCCACAGCCCCAGAUUCUCUGAAGAUUUUCUAAAGACCCUGCUUGGAAGAGAUCAUGGCCAACUUCCCUGAAAUAAGAUAAAAAUGAAGGGUAGGGAGAAGAAGAGGAUUUUAAAAGAAUCAUAGAAUCAUUUAGGUCAGAAAAGAAGAACUAUAUGGACUUCAAAAACAUUGGACAUUUUAGGAGGCCAGCACAUCGGCAAAAGAGCAUGUGUAGACAAGAUAUCAGGAUUUUAACCCUGCUGCUUUUCAGUUCUUCUGGAAGAUACUCCUGGCAGAAUGUGUGAUGCUGAAAAAUGUCAGCUUCCAGAGCUUUGCCUGUAUUUGUGUUCACUCCAGCUACAGGCAACCUGCAUGGCUUUGGGCAGAUCAAAGUGAGAUCAAAACUGUUCUUCAUGAGAACCUAACCUCCUUCUCUUUUCUAUACCAGAUAGAGUCUUUUCUCCCUCCUCAGUCCCUCGGUGUUUCCUAUCUGAAAGCAUUCAGUUCAGAUCUCUGCUGACAUGUAUUAUGUGAGACAAUGGUACUUGUCUGACCAUUUAUGCAGCCUUCCUUCCCAAGACAAUGGCAAGAAACAAUAUCUUCAUACAAACAUUAUUGUUCUCCAUCUUUCACAAUUAUGUUGAUUUUACCUUCUCAGCUCCUGUGGAAAAUGUGUUUUUUUUUUUUUCUCUUGCACUCUUCACAUUUGGAUUGAAUCAUCUUACAUCUUUUUAUUUUUCAUUUCUUACGUACACUCAAUAAAUCCCUCUGUAAAAGAAUCCACAUUUUACUGUAUUUUGCUAAGUGACUAGAAUUAGCACUUCCUCAUAUAUAUAUAUAUAUAUAUAAAAUAUACAUAUGCACAAAUAUGUACAUAUAUUUAUAGGCUAAGCUCAUUUAAAGUAUCAUUUAAAUCUAUGUUAUAUACUGUGUUUUGGUUUUUAUAUACUCAGAUUAACUUUUCCUAUUAAACAUUAUUGUUUCUCAGUACCAUGACUUUCUCAUGUUGCUGCCGAGUGGUGUAAAUGUUUGGGUUUUUUACCAUUCCAGAGACGAUUUUACAUUGAAACUUGUGCAGAGUUUAGAUGCAAGUGUGUACAAACUGCUUGCACUGGCACCCAGCUUUCAUUCAGUGGUUCCAAUCGGAAAUAUUAGUAAGUCUUAAUGAAGCUAAAAUGUUUAUUGUUGCAAGGCUGGCACCGAUUUUCUGUGAUCUCUUUUGAUGGGAAUUGCGUAGCUAGCGCAGCUGUGUCUCCUUUGAAGAUGCCAGACAAGUUUCUCUCUGUGGUGGCAGCUUUGUGUGGGUCAGUCUGUUAAUAUCACGUAGCUAAAAUAAGAAAUCUCUUCCAACUUUAACGGCAGGUUUAGGGGCCAGUGACAGAGAACACAGUGUGUGGCUGCAGAGGUUACCAGGAUGUGCAUGCAGAUGGGUUGUUCCAGUGCUCUCGGUGAUCAAAACCAGCUCCCACUUGCCAGUGAUAUUGUAGAAAACUGGGGACUAAGCAGUCCUGAUCCUUCUCAUGUGGCUUCUCUAACAGAAGACAGACCCUGCUUUUUUUUGGACUGCCCACAACAAGCAGUUCAGAGAAGUAGCCUGGGGAGAAAAGGUGCGAGUUUCUCUCUGUUGUUUUCCUGGGUUUUCACUGUUAACUGGCAGAAUUUCUUUCUUCCAGUUGACUCCUGCCACCUUUGCUGGUGUCACCUGGCUGCACAGCGCCGGCCCUUGCCAGGUGUCUGUAGGAGACCAGAUUCUGGUGGCCUUCACCACCCUCCACUAUCUGUGUUAAUCUCAAAAGGCACAAGGUGACCUUCACUCCGUGCAAGCAUGGCUAACUGGAUUCAGCUAUUCAUGAUUCCUUACUCAAAGGAUUGUAGAGAUUUGGUCUUAUUUUCUUGAAUUUUCCUCUGGAAGUACUCAUCCAUGAGGAGUGAAACAAGGUGUGGUGGCUGCACUUAUCAUGUCCUUCCUCCAGCUAGAAAAACCCUACGAGAGGGACCAGCUCCCUUCCCACCAGUGUCAUUAGUGUAUGUCACACUCUACCUGCUGCCCCUUUCUUUUUCUUUGAGCCCUGUGUGUCCUCACCAUUCCCUGGGUGAAGGAGACGCUCCCUGCCUCUGAUAAGCCCUUUCCUUUUCCCCUUUUUCCUGAGUUUUCAGGAGCAGGAAGAGGUUCUGCUGCCAGCAGAACAUGCUGGGGAGUUUGCACAGGGUCAGACACUGAAAAAUGGGUGGGA